CCUCCGGCACCUGUUCUUCCCCAUCAAUGCAUUCCUCCACUCCACCUGCGACAGCAGGAUCUAGUCUACAACCCAUUGGGGAUUCACAAUAAUGGCCUGUAAUCACCACAGGGCCCUGCUCUGUAACCGUGCAACUUACCGCAGCUUACUAUCCCCCUUUGAAAGGAGUUAAGUGAGUGCAGAAGGAUUUUCUGAGGGAUCUCAUCAUGCAGAGUUCAAAGACAAGGAAUGGCCCUUCAGAUGCUCCACAGAGGACGUCUCCAGCAACUCCACGGUCGUCUCGUGUGGCGAAAACAGGAGGAAAUGAAACUGACUCCCCCGGGAUUACACCAACAAGAACACCUACAGAGAGGAGCCCGAAGGUCACUGAGCGCCGUUCACCACGAAGCCCAAUCACUGAGAAGAAGCGCCCAAGUCGGCUAAACGAGUUGGACUCUAAGGUCAGCCAGCUCCAAGAUGAACUGAAGAAGACCAAGGAACAGCUGACUGCAUCAGAGGCACGGAGGCGCCAUGCACAGCAGGAGGCUGAUGAAGCAAAGAAGCAGGAGCAGGAUGCUUCCUCGAAGCUAGCGGACUCACAGCGCCAGUUUACUGAGUUCUCAGCCGCGGAGGAAUCUCGUCUCCAGGAGCUACGCAAGAUACAACAGGAGCGCGACCGUUCAUGGGAAUCUGAGAUCGAGGCUUUGCAGAAGCAGCAGUCAGUGGAUGCGGCUGCACUCAGCUCAGCCAUGUCUGACAUCCAGAGGCUGAAGCUGCAGCUAGAGGCCACAGUGCAGUCUGAUGCAGCCCAUGCCAAGCAAUGUGAGUACACAGACUCUGAACUUGAAGGGUUGAAGCAGGAGAUGGAGCUGCGGCUUGCAACAAUUGAAGGCCUGAAAGUGAAUGUUGGGGAAAGCGACAAGGCUGCAGCUGAUGCAAAUGCAAUGGCAACUGAGAUGAAGCUGCAGCUGGAAACUGCAAAAGCCACCAUUGACUCACUCGUAGCAGAGGGUGCGCGGUUGCAGGAAUGCCUGAGGUCAAAGGAUGUAGAGCUCAGUGAGUCCAAAGCUCGGGUAGUCUCGCUCGAGGAAGAUCUGAAGAAGGUGCAAGCUGCAGGUAAUGAAUCUUCGAGUGAGGCACAGGCUGGCAAUGCCAAUGGCGGCUUUGGCAGUCCGCUGACUGAAGUUCUGAAGAGUGUCAAUGGAAGUCCUGACUCGGAGGUUGAACACUGGCGUACAGCGCUUGAGGUGGCUGAGAUGAGGUACCAGGAGGAGCAAACACGGAUGACCAUUGAGACAAAAACAGCCUAUGAGAUGCUGGAGAACUUGAAGUCAAAGUGCGCGCGCCAACUGUGUGAUAUGGAGCUCAAGCUAAAGAGCAAGAACGAGGAGCUGGUGGCAGCUUUGGCAGGCAAGGCGCAGGACCUUCACAGGUCAGACGGGUUGAGCGAAAUGCAGCCAGAGCUGGAGGCCAAGCUGAUGAAGUCGAUCACCGACAUUGCUGAGCUUAAGGCGAACAUGAUGGACAAGGAGAACGCGCUGCAGAGCUUGGCGGAAGAGAACGAGACCCUCAAGUCUGAGGCUGGCAGGAAGGAGGCCGACGUGCAGCAGAGGUACGAGGCGGCGGUGGCGGAGCUGGAGCUUGCCAAGGCCGCGGAGCAGGACGUGAGGAUGCGGCUCGGGUACGUGACCGAGGAGGCCGACAAGAGCAGCCGGCGCGCCGCCCGGGCCUCGGAGCAGCUGGAUGCCGCGCAGGCGGCAAGCGCUGAGGCAGACGCGGAGCUCCGCAGGUUGCGGGUGCAGUCUGACCAGUGGCGCAAGGCCGCGGAGGCCGCCGCCGCUGCUCUCUCGGGCGGUGGCAUUGGGGAAGCAAACAAUGGCGGUGGCCGGAUGGUGGAGAGGACGGGGUCGCUGGACCCGGAGUACAACGGCUCGAUCGGCGGGAAGCUGAUGGGGUCACCAUUCUCAGACGAUGAGUCCCCGAAGCGGCGGAACAGCGGCGUGCUGCGGAGGAUGAGCGGGCUGUGGAAGAAGGGCCCCAAGUGAAGACCCUGUGA